UCGAGAGAUGUAUAUUCCCACAUGUGGGCGAUGUUUAGAAAGUGGACACACUUUCAUAAACUGCGAAAAAGAGGCAGUAUGCCGUUAUUGCAAGGAGCGGGGCACAUAAGAAAAAACUGUAAACAAAGGGCGAUGGAUUACCCAACGCCCACAAACCCGACUCAAGCAUGGGCCUUGCCAAAACAAAGAAGGCCGCAAUUAACCAACGUAACGCAUACACCUCGCAAAACUGUGGAACAAAGUAAUAAAACACCAAGGAAAACAAACAACAUGGAAAACAAAACACUAGACAACACAGGGAAGGUAAUUAAUUAUAAUGAAGAACAAUUAGCGGAAAAACAAACAUCAGAAAAACCUUUAAUUGAAUUAACCAGAAACGACACGGUAUGUGAGUUCUCCUCGUCUGCCUCUGAUCUGCACAACACAAAAGAGCUAAGUGACUGGUCUACGUGUGAAGAUGUCUUAAGUCCACUAAAAUCCCCUCAGGAAGACCUACAACCUGAGAAACCACCAAAAGACGGCGUGCAAACUGAACCACCAUUAAAGGGAGUGCAGCAAAAGAAACGAAAUAAACCAGUGGGUCUAAGGUUCACAUCAACAAUAGGAAACACCCCGUAUCACUCGAAAUCAAAAGGACAUGACUAUGUCAAAGUCAUGGUCCGCAAUAUUGAAUACCCGGACUCAAUAGAUUCUACGGUGUUCUAGAAACCCCAAGAGAAAUAUUGUCGGCCCCGCAGACCUGGAACAAAAGAAAACUCGGAGUUAUCAGACAUACCAUUGGACAUUUCGGAAUAUACAAAUAAAAGAAACAGGGAUGAUACCUCCUCAUCUGAAACCUCCAUAACAACUCAAGAUAGAAAAAUUAAUAGAGCACCGGACAAGAAAAAGAAUAUACUGGACACCUGACCUGGGAUCAAGUCGUCAACCUGUGAAAUUCUGGUAGGAAAAAGGGAAUUUACAACGAGUGGGAAACCGCACGACACAAAGACCUGUACUCCAAACUGAAAAAGAACCAAGAAGAGCAGCAGCAAGAUCCUAAUUGGGAGGAAAUACAUCUCCGCGCGAGGAAAUUCCAAUCCACUUUCACCAACAAUGAAAGAGUAAUUUCCUACCGCAUAUACCAAGAAGGAUACACAUUUGGAGAUAAGAUGAAACACAUGGGAAUAAGGUUUAAACCAUCCGGCAGACUCAAAAUACUAAACUGCAAAUUUUGCAAGAUACCAUCGGACAGUGCCAGACAUCUAUUCCUCCAUUGUCGCAAAAUUGCAGCA